AUGAUCCUUGGAAUAUUGAAAAAUCAGUUGAAAGCGGAUCACCUUUCGACAGCGUUGAAAGCGUCUUGCCCCAUCGUAAAUAGAGAUGCAGAUGAUUUGCUCCUGGAUUUGCAUAAAUCAUGGUUAGCGGACAAAAAUCAAAAGACUGAAUUGAUGGUAAAUGACCUCAAGAAUACAAUUAAUAAAGCUUACGACGAAGUAGAACAAGAACCUUCACAAUCGGAGUUAAAACGACCACGACCAUGGACAGUCAGAGAAUUAUCCAUACUACAUGCUCUUUAUCCCAUUCUGGAUCACGAUUACGAUUCUUAUACGUCUAUCAUACCAGAAAGAACAGCUGCACAGAUUGCUACCAAGAUACAAACCGAAUAUGCACGAGGAUAUCUGGGAGAUCAUCAAGCCAAUGAUCAUUAUAAACAAACAAAGGCGAUCCAGUAUGAAGUAUUUCACGACACAGCAAGCCAGAUGGGGUUGCUCAAGGAUCGACAACCCAAUCGUCAAGCGUCUAAGGUGAAUGAGUCGGAGCCUGCCGUACAGAUCCCUGCUCCAUUCGCAACCGACGAAUCUGCACCCAAUGGUUCAACACUCACCGAGCCAUCGUCAUCCGCUGCAAUAAAGCUCCCACGUCGAGCAGGACGGGGUAAAAAAUCUGAAUUGGUCGCAGCAGAGGACGAACGAAUUGGAUUGACAGAACCUCGACGAGUUGGACGUUCAAGAAAAUCUGAUAUGGCCACUGCACAGAAGGAAAAAAUGACAACUACUGUAAAUACGUCACCUCGUCGUAUGGGACGCCCCAGAAAAUCCGACCUAGCUGAUGCACAGGGGAAAGGAUCAAAUGCAACCGCACCUCGUCAUCGUGUCGGGCGUCCGAGAAAAUCCGAGCUGGCUGACGCCCCCAAGGAAGGAAGAGAGGGCAUUGAAUCUCGUCGAGUUGGACGACCGAGAAAUUACGAGCAUUUUGACCAACCAGAGGAACACACACAAUCCAUCGACACCACAUCCCUUAGUCCUGUGGACAGUACCAGGAAAUUCGAAAGCGAUGGCUCAGAGCAAGAACGGUGGAGUGAGCUUACAUCCCCUCGCCGUGGUGGACAUUUCAAAAGAAUUGAGGGCGGUAAAAUAAAAAAAGCAGAGACGUUGCCCAUUUCCAGUCAUUCCAGGAAGACGACAGCGGGAAAAAAGCCGACCACAGCGAGCUCCACACCUGCAAGUUCACCAGGAACACAGUCGCCACCAAAUUCUUCCUGUCUAGCUUCUUGA